AUGGAGAAGCUGCUUGUGCAGCUCUCGCUACCCGGUCCUGCUUCCUCAGUGCAUGCGAUCUUCAGCGCUUCCUCCGCGACUCUCGACGACCUCGUGCGACAGCUACUCGAUGAGGAUGGCCCGCAGAUCCAGCGCAGCGUGUGUGGACGGACAGAGGACACGCGAGCGCAGCAGCACGAGUUCUGGCGGGUGCAGAGGGUGCUCAAGAGCGCGCCGAAUGCGGAUCGCAGCGACAAUGAGUUGACGAGGUUGAGCGAUGACGAGGGCCUGCUCGACCCUACUGUCACUGUCGGCGAGGCGCUCGGAACGACUCCUUCGACUGCUUCUCCUCCCGAUGCUACUCAGCCCGAGCACUUCAGCGACUUUCUGCUAUCAGGCCAUCUCCACAAGCCUGCCCUCCGACUCGUCUACGUCCCGCACGCCGCCGUCUUCACCUUUUUCCACAUUCCCGCAUUUCCAGAAGGAUGGCAGUUCCGCCUUUUCCUGACGGCCGACAUGACGGCAGGCGAGACGAUCGAGGCGCUCAUUGAAGAGCUGGGCGUCCGGAAGGUAGUCGUACAGGGCCACAAGUCGGCUCGCGUGGAGUAUUGCUUGCGUGCGACGGGUUCCGCCGGCGUCCCUGAGACGAUUGCAACACCGAUUCGACUGCUUACUCGCCUGCAGAGGGACGCCGUCGACGCUGCGACGCCGCUACGCGCCGAAUUCACCGUCUCGCCUUCCUGGCUGAAAAAGGCUGGAACCGUCGCUCUCGCCUUGCCCGGCGUCGGUCGCUCCGAUUCGACGGACGCCGAGACUCCUAACACCAAGCAGCCGAUUGCGAAGCGCGACGGCACGAAUUGGCGUCCGAGCAGUCUUUUCGGCGGCUUCUGGGGUGGCGAGGCGGACCCGUCCGAAACUUCGUCGAAUGUCGCGAACGUUUCUUCGUCGGAGCAACCGACUGCAGCUUCGCCGGACCACGACGACGAGGAGGAGGAGGGUGAAGGAACCUUGAAGGCGGAGAAGGGCGCUUCAGCGACAGCGAGCGCAGACAUGAGCAGCGUGCGCUCCAACGCCGGCAAUCGCAGUCGACUCUCGACCCUCUUCACCGACUGGGUCGCGCCAGAAGCAUCGAACGCCUCCGCCUCGCCCAGUCGCCAGCACGCUCGCGUCGUCGGCGAGCCCGUCGCGAUGUCGAAGGACCUGAGUUGGCGCUUCUCGAGCUUCGUUCCCGACACGGAGGAGAGAAAUGCGACUUCGCCAGAUGCGGAGGGUUCAGUGGAUGAGGGCGACAUGGAGAUAGCGCUGGAACGGCUGAUGGACGAUCUCGGCAUGAAGGAGGCGCAACGAGCGGCGAUGCGGCAGUUGCCGCAAGACCGCAAGCGAUUCCUCGUUUACCAGCAUCGCAGUAACCAGCCACCAACGCCGAUUCGACCGUCGAAGACAGGUCCUGCUGCCGAGCCAGGUCUGCUCGAGAACGUCAAGCGAUUCUCGCUCGCUAGCGUCGGCUGGGGUGGUCUCGCCUCGCCGCCGCCGCACGACCUCAGCUUGUCCGUCCAAGAGUCGCCAUCUACCCCUUCGCCCCACAUCCAGACGCAGCCUACAGGCUCUUCGUCUUCCUGGACGUCUUGGUGGUCAUCCUCGUCGAACGCGACUGGAACAGGCCAGUCUUCUGGGCAUGUCGCGAAAGACUCGCCUCAGUUCUACGCAGAUCAGCUACGUUCGACCAAGAUCUCCUCGCGCAGUCUCGCCAAGCACCUCAUCGCGCUUCGGGUCCGCCUGUCGACCGCAAAGCUCGCCUGGGCCGCAGACUUCGUCGAUGUCGCAGGAGGACUUGAUGCGCUCGAAAGCGUCUUGACCCGAUCGAUGCGAAGCCGAGCGGGGGGGGACGGCGACUUGUCGGAGGAAGAGAAGACGGUGCAGGCGGAGUGCAUCAAGUGCCUUCGCGCUCUGCUCAACACGGAGCUCGGCUUCUCUCGCAUGCUCGUCCGACCUGCACUCAUCGCGGCUCUCGUCCAAUGCCUCUACCUUCCCCACAACAAGGUUCGCGCCCUCGUCGCAGACGUCCUCGCUGCCAUCUGCGUCCUAUCACUGGACGACGGGCAUCGGCUCGUGCUUGCGGCCUUCUCGGACGCUCGCAUCAUCGCGAGCGAGAAGUUCCGCUUCGAGUCGUUCAUCGGUAGCAUUGAGGCUCCCGACAUACCCGACGACACGACCGUCAGCGACGACGAGCCAGCGGCGCCGGAGAACAGCGACGACGGGUUCUGGGAAUGGCGGACCGCUGCGAUGUCGCUCGUCAACGCGAUCGUCAACACGCCGCACGACCUCGAGGAGCGCCUUGUGCUUCGAGACGAGUUUGUCCGACGAGGUUUGAACGAGGCGAUGACCGGCUUGCGAUAUCUUCAGCCGCCCGACUUCUUCAUGACUCAGCUCAACGUCUACGCCGAGGAGCGUCAAGAGGAUCAAGAGGAGCUGCACGAGCGAACAGCAGGUCGGACGAGGGCCGAUUCAUCUGAUCUGCCGCUCGGCGAACUGAUCAAGCUCGCGCAAGAGCACGAAGAGCUUUACCCGCGACUCCUUGACACCGUCAAGAAUUACGUCAAGGUCUUCGACCGCAAGCAGCUCGAUGAUCAGCUUCGCGACGAUCUCGUCACGAUUCUCGACAACUUCGUCGGGCAUGCCGCCCAUCUCGAGGACUUCGACCGAGGCUGGCGCACCUUCAUGCGGCAGUACCUCUCGUCAGUCCAGCAUAUUGUCGGUCAGCAAUCGCUCAUCCGCUCCUCGCGCGUCGCCGAUUCCGCCACAGUGCCGACGAGCUUCAUCGAGGAGCUUGAAACGCUGCGCACGAAGGUUGACGAACUCUCCGACGAGCGAGCGAGUCUCCGCGAAGAGCUCGAACGUCAGAUCGCCGAAACCAACACGCUUCGCUCGCUGCCUGUCGGACGAGACCUGGCGGCCGAGUCUGGCGGCUCUUCUUCGAUCCGCAAAGGCGAAGGAGAGAGCUUCGCCGGCGUCAUUCAGCGCCUCGUGCAGAAGGAGAAGGAGGUCCUCGAGUUGCAGGCGAAGCUGGCUGCCGUCGAUGCUCGGCCAUCGCCAGACGCGGACGAUGCGAAGAAGGACAGGCUCAACCAGAGCAAGCGGUGGGAGAACCUCCUCGGCGAGAUCGGCCAGAACAAGCUCAAGAUCGCGACACUCGAGUCGACUAUCGAAGCGCGCGACAAGGAGAUCAAGUUCCUCAAGCGGACGGUCGAGUCGGUCUACUCGCGCUUCCAGUCGACGGUGGCUUCGGCGAUGCGCAUACCAGGCAAUGUGCCUUCAGAGAUCCCCGCGAAAGAGCUCGACCACGAAUCAAUGGCGACGCGAACCCUCGAGGCUCUGUUGCAGCGGGACGAGCAGAUCAAGGAGCUCCAGCUCGCGCUUGAGAAGGCGAAGGCCGAGGUCGUGAGGGUGCAGAACGCUGGACAAGGUCGAUCGCCACUUGUGCCUGCAGCUUCCGGCCCAGGCUCGUCUGCGACGCCGUCUGCGCAGGCCGGUUCGCCUCCUCCUCCGCCUCCUCCGCCUCCGCCGCCUCCUCCUCCUCCCGCUCCUGUCUGUCUCACCUUUCCUCCCCCUCCGCCCCCUCCUCCUCCGCCGCCUGCUGCACUUCGGCGAGCCCAUACAGUGCCGGGCACAACGACGACGCCUAUCGCGCGCUCGUUUCCGGCACCACCUCCAGUCGGUUCCAAACCGCCGCCUCCGCCCCCUCCUCCUGCGCCUCCGCUUCCGUCAGCAUCGUCGGCACCUUGUCCCCCGCCACCUUCUGGCCCGCCUCCUCCACCGCCGCCCGCUCCGUUCGCUGCAGCUCUACGGAGCCCUCGUAGCCCUCAUCUAGCCGGGCCACCCGCCAAGAAGAUGAAGCCCUUCUUCUGGACCAAGCUGCCGUCGGAACGGUUGACAGCGUCGAUAUGGGAAAUGAGCGAGUCGAGCGGCAUCGAAGUGGACGUCGCGGGGCUUGAGCAAGACUUCGCUGUCACUUCGUCGAAGCCGAGCGAGGGACAAGCGGGCACGAAGCUGAAGAAGGAGGCGAUCACGCUGUUAGGCCAUACUCGAGCUCAGAACAUCGCCAUCAUGCUCGCACGUCUCCGCCUGCCACCUGCGGCCAUCAAGGAAGCCAUCGUCCGCCUUGACGACAUUGCGCUCUCGGUCGACAACCUGAAGGCGAUCAAGCACUACGUGCCGAGCGAAGACGAGAUCGAGCUAAUCCGAGGGUACGAAGGCGAAAUCAAAUCGCUCUCGACCGCCGACCAGUACUUUGCAGAGGUACGUCUCGUCGUGAUCGGUCGAAGGUCUGCCGCUCAUCCUGCAUUCCAGACCGCAAACAUCCCUCGCCUGAGCGACCGUCUCGCCGCCAUGGUCUACCGUCGUCGCCUCGACAUGGAGAUGGAGGAGCUCAAGCCGGACCUUGCGAUGCUGCGCUCGGCUUGCGAUGAGCUCCGGUCGUCGAGCAGGUUCAAGCAGCUCCUCCAGAUUGUGUUGACGAUUGGCAAUGCGCUCAACGGGAAAACAUUCCGUGGGAAUGCGGCUGGAUUCUCGCUCGAUUCGCUACUCAAGCUUAAGGACGUGCGAUCGGCGACUGCCUCACCCGCGACGCCCACUCUGCUGCACUACCUCGUCCGCACCGCCUCGAAGCAAGACUCGAGUUUGCUCGACUUUCACGACGACUUGCCGCACCUCGAGGCGGCUUCUCGCAUCUCUUCUGCGACGACGAUGCAAACCGUCCAGGCGCUCGUGGCCGGCGCAAAGCAGGUCGAGCAGGAGCUGGACGCCGUGCGGGAGUCGCGUUUGCUUGGUCCCGACGAUCGUUUCGUGCAGGUCAUGGAGCAAUUUGUCCGUCACGCCAAGCCUGCGAUGAAGGCGCUUCAGGAGCACGCCGCGAUCAUCGAUGAAGAGCUCAAGACGCUGCUACGCUACUUUGGCGAGGAUCCGGCGCAGACGAAGCCCGAAGAACUGUUCGACCUCGUUGCGCAGUUCGCCUCGAUGCUCUCGCGCGCUCAAGCCGAAGUCCAGGCUGCCGACGCCGAAGCGGCGAAGAAGCAGGCCAGCCUCAGCCCACCUUCGCCGGAGAAGGAGCCUGUCAAGGUCGGCCGCCUACGACCGCCCUUGCCGCACCGCAACUCGUCGCAAGAGACCGUCACCGCGGCGUCUGGUACGCUCGGGCGCGGGCAGUUCGACACAGUCUUGCGAGACCUUCGCAAUGGCGUCUCGGUGCGCUCCAGGCGGCAGAGGUCGACGGCCGAGCGCGACAGGCCGCUUUCUCGCAUCUUUCUCUCCAGCUAG